UGGUGUUCCACUCAGCUGCUCGCACAACGCGCGCUUCCUCUUAACAGCCCGUUCUGCUUCCCGUUCAAUCAGCGGCGAGUCGAGCCGGCGCGUCUCCUCCAUCGCAGCACUUUCAAGAAAUAGCCAUGGCCACAUACCGCCCCGACAUCAUGGAGAGAUACCUGGAGCUCGAGCAGCCAGAUGAUGUGGUAUUCUGCACGUACGUGUUCGUUGACGGCACCCUGGAGAAUGUGCGCGCCAAGACGCGGACCCUCGACUUCGAGCCGAAAGCGCCCGAAGACUGCCCACGCUGGACGUUCUGCGCCCUGGGCACGUACCAGUGGGGCGACGCUGGCGCGAAGUCCGAGAUGUACAUGGAGCCCGUGGCCCUCUUUCGUGAUCCCUUUCUCAAGGGACGGAACAAACUGGUGCUGUGCCAAGUGUUAAAAUACGACGGAACGCCGCACGAGACAAACACGCGCCAUUCGUGCGUCGAGGUGAUGACGAAAGCUGGCACCCAGGAGCCUUGGUUUGGCAUCGAGCAAGAGUACGCGAUUCGAGGAAGGGACGGUCUGCCACUAGGCUGGCCCAGGGACGGACACUCAAUUAGGCCGCUGGGACCAUUCUUCUUCGGUGUCGGAGCGGAGAACACAAUCGGAAGGCAAAUUUCAGAUGCCCACCUAAAGGCCUGCGCUUACGCCGGGGUCAAGAUCAGCGGAACCAACUCCGAGGUUGUCCUUUCGCAGUGGGAGUACCAAGUGGGACCGCUGGAAGGUACAGCGGCGGGCGAUCAUCUGUGGAUCUCGCGCUAUAUCCUCAAGCGGGUGGCGGAAGAGUUCGACGUGGUCAUCUCGUUCGACCCGAAGCCCUUCGAGAACGACGCCCUCUGCGGCUCCGGAGGACACAUCAAUUUCAGCACGAAGGACAUGCGCAAGCCGGGAGGCCUCGAGCACAUCAAGGUGGCGCUGCAGAAGCUCGAAGCCAAUGCCGCCGAGCACCUGCGCGUCUACGACCCGCGCAAGGGCGGCGGGGCCAACCGACGCCGCCUCGGGGCCGGCAUGCUGGCGACGCCCAACGAGAACUUCGUCGUCGACUCGUGCUCUCGAGAGGCCAGCGUCCGCGUGCCGCGCCUCGUGUACGACGCCGGCCAAGGGUACCUCGAAGACCGCAGGCCCGGCGCAAACGUCGAGCCGUACAGCGCCACAGCGGCCAUCGUGAAGACCGUGUGUCUCUGAGCCUGCAUGGCCGGGGAGACCAUGGACUGUAUACCUACAUCAGCUUCUCAUCGCUGCGUUCUGCAAAGACAAUCAAGGGGCCGUUCCAUUUUCAGCCUGCUGGGAGCCAUCGAUCUAAAAAAAGCUGGGCUAUUCACAUAA